UCCCAUAGUUCAUAAUUCAUCAGUAUGUUGAAAGUCGUCAAUAUGGAUCACGAUCUAAAUAUCACAAUAUAUAUUGAACGUGUUGCAGGCGCCUAUCAUAGCAAAGUACCAACGUUGGGCUGUUGAACCCUUCUUCAACGUUGUGUCGUUUAAAAACCGUUUUAAAGCCAAAUUGAAAAGAAGAAGCAUAAAAUUCUUCGAUCGAUCCGAUGGGCGCACAUGUGUGAUUGUUUGGAACAAUUUAUAAAAAUUUUGGAGCUGUCUUUAAUUAUACACUAUUUAUUAUAUGAAAACACAUGAGGAUAAGUAAUGGAGAACUUAGACGAUGCAUCCACUAGUGGUCGCGUGACUAGGUCUUUACGUAAGCGGUUAGCAUCGGUUGAUAGCAAUGAUGCUGGGAGCAGACCUUCUACCCCGCAGUUAACUAAGCUUACUACUAUACCAGAGCUAAGCUCCCCUCGAUCUUUACGAGGCAGUCGUCGUAAUUCCAUAACUGGGAACAUCACACCUUCGAAAACACCAGCGAGGACUAAAAAUUACAUAACUUCUGAACUUAGUGAUAUUGAAAAUUCUCUUGCCAAGCGGCCAGUACGCAAGAGCGGAGUUUUCGAAACAGACUCACAUACGCCUAAUAAAUCUGUUCUAUUAGAUGUCGCUACAUCAAAGAUUGAUGAGUUAUCUGAUGAAGGCUUCAAUGCCGGGGUGAAAGGUACACCAGCAAGGCGUUCGACAAGAUUGUCAUCAAAGUCUCCAACACAAUUAGAACUAGAAAAAACACCUCGUACCGGUCCUGCUAAAAGGAUUAAACCUGGGCCAAAAUCCAGACGUAGCAAACAAAUAAGCGACAGCGAUUCUGAGGUUGAAGUUAUCAAUCUAGAAGAAACUUCAAAUAACACAUAUUUUAAUUUAAAAAAAGAGGAUGAACCUUCUAAAAGCCCUUCACGAAAACCGCAUGGGUUGAACGGGAAGAAUGCUUCAACCGAAAGCAAAUCGAAAUCUGUUGAAACAAUAGAUUUAUCGGAAGAAACUGUUAUAUUAAAUGAUCAAGAAGAUAAAAAGGAGGAUUUAAAAUUACAAGAUGAAGUUGAAGAAAAAGUAGAAAGCAGUAAAAAUCGAGAUUCAGUAAAAAUAGAAUCGAAUAUAUCUGAUAUAAGUAACGAGACUCCUGUGGAAACAUUGAAAUCAUCCCUAUCUGAAACAUCAGCGUUGAAAGAAAGCGAUAACAAAAACGAGUGCACGCUUCGCCUCGAAUUAUCUGAUGACGAUAAUGAAAAGGGGGUUGAAACUACUAAAACGCCUGAAAAGAGUGCAUCACCAAAGACAACUACAAAUUCACAAAGUCAAGCCUAUCCCUGUGUGGAAAGUAUUGUAGUACUACAAAAAUUAUCGCCUAGGUUAAUUGAAAAACUUGGUGAUGAAAGUUCUGUUCCAAGCUCUCCGCCAAGUUCACAAAGUCAAGCCUAUCCAUUGGUAGAAAGUGUUGUAGAAUUACAAAAAUUAUCGCCUAAGGUAAUUGAAAAACUUUGUGGUGAAGGUUCUGUUCCAAAGUCUCCGCCAAACUCGAAAUUCGUAGCCUUCAAUGAUCUGGACAAUGAAGAUGAUGUAAUAAAGAGUACUUAUCCGAAAACACCAGCAUCAAUCAAGUCUAAAAGCUACCCAGCCAUGAAUUCGCCGAAAGAUUCGGAGGAUAGGUCUUUUCAAAGUGAUAAAGGAUCUUCAGCCAGUUUUAAAGAUGCUAGUGCAUAUAUUGAUGAAGGUAAUGAACCACACGAAUAUGAAAUACAGGAAAAUCAUUCAAAAGAAUCUAUUGAGUUUCAUGAUGCAACAAAUGACCCUGAAGAAGACCGAUUUGAAAAAGGGGUAGAAGUUUUUCAAGAAUGUACACCACAUAAAAAACAACUAUAUACGCAAUUGCUGAGCUCAACUCCUAUGCUAGUUUCUGUAUCAAAAUCAAAACCUGAACCAGAAGAAAAUUUGAAGGUGUCUGAAGAAAAUAUUAAAAGUACAAAAUUUUCACCAGAAAAGCCCCCAAAGAAAUCAUCGCCGGCCCCGAUUAAUAGUGGCGAGAAUAACGCCGACCCGGAAAAAAGUCUUCAGUCAUCCGCUAAUCGGAAUGAUGCUAUUACUUCUUUAAUCCACCAGUCAAAGAAUGGAGUGGCAACAGGCGAUAACAAUGAUGGCGCAGAUGAGAAAGCAAAUUUGUUUUCUAAAUCCUGGACCCAUAAUGUAAGUGGAUGUGCAACAUAUGCUGGAAAAAUCGACAUCAUCACUGAAAACAGUUCAGGGAAAAAAGGUGACCAAGAAGUAACUUCUGAAAAUUGGAAAUUACUAUAUAAGGAAACUCCGUACCUAAGCGAUACCGAUGGUAAAAAUACAAAUAACGAGGAGAGUGAGGAGGAAGGAACAUCUUUUCAAAAAUUAGAAUUUGUCGAUGAUGAGGCCAUGGAAGCACCUGAUGACUACCAAAGCGGGGAUUCUAUGGGGGAAGAAGAACAAAAAGAAAUAGAAGAAAAUGAAGUUAUAGAUAGGGGUGAAUACAUUGGCAGUGAGGAUAGUGAUGAGGAUGGGGAGGAAGAGGAUGACGAAGAAAAUGAUUCAUUUAUAACUUCGGAUUCAGGGGAAUCGCUACUUGAUUAUUCAGAUGAAGCUGAUCGAAUUGAAGAUCCAACUAUAAAGUCUGGUAGAUCAAAGGGUAACAGACAAAUUUUGAUAACCAGUGAAAGCGAAAGCGAUGAACAGUCUUACGCGGAAAAGAAAGCUAAGAAGACUAAGAAAAUAAUUACAUCGAACAAAAAAAAACGCAUCUUAGAGACGAGUGAAAGUGAAAAUGAUGAGGUGUCAGAUUCAAAAUCAAACCAAAUGAACGAACUGAUAAACAACGAUUCCAAUAAAACAAGCAAGCCUCUUAACUUUGAAGUUAGUAGGAUGAUUGAUGACUCCUCUAAUGAAGAAACAACUACGAAUGAAAAUUCGCUUAAGCCACCAAAUAAAUUAGAUGAAGCUGAAAAAGUUACAAAAGAUUUGAUUGAUAAAAAAAUAGAUGCUGGAUAUAAUGAUCACUCAGGUGAUAAAAGAGAGAGUAAUAGGCAUGAGUUUACAAGGGACGAUGCUUCUGAAUUGAUUGAAGCAGAAGGAAGGGAAGGAGAUUCUGAUAAGUCGUCAAGCGACAAAGCAUUGAGCAAAUUAAAUGAAUCGAACAUUGAUGGAAUGAAUCGCAGAAUUACAUCAACAACAAUAGAUACUAGUAAUGAAAUAACUAAAACUAAUUCAAGAAAUGAAGCUGGCCAAACUGUACUAGAUAGCAAAGAUAUGGAGUAUGAAAAACCGGGAGAGAAAUAUGAAUUCAUUGUACAACAAAACAAAGAUGAAUCUAUCCUUGAUCUGAAUGCAAAUGAGAAUUUAAAGAUUAACUUGUCGAACCAUUCCGUUGACAGACAAAUAUCUGUUGAAUAUGAAAAAGCCCCAACCAAACAUAAAAUUCGUAAAUCCUUAAGUGCCACUGGACAAUCUGAAAUUCCAGUAAAACUAUCGGAGGAAAAUAAUGACACGACAAAUGCCGCGAAUAUAAAUGGUUCCCAAAAUGAAUCCGAUUUAAACCUCUUUAUGGAAAAACAAAAAAGUGGCGAGACCAACAAUGAACCAAAAUCUAAAAAUGAGCACCCUGAAAAUGAGAAUUUUGAAGAUGAAGACAUUGAAAUACCAGAGACACAAGAGGUUCCACAGGUUUCUGAAAAUAAUCAUUCAAACCAAACAAAUAGUGAAGAAUCUGCUGAUGAGGAUUCCGCUGAAGAUACUGGAUAUAUAUUGAGUGAAUCUAAAAAGCCGAAAGUUGCUAGACUAAGUGUGUCUUUUUGUCAGGCGAAGCAGAAGAGAUGCAGUAUUAAAGGAGACAAAUAUGUCCAUCAUAGUUCAUUUUCAAUCGGUGUUGGUGUUAUUAAAAAGGGAAACGAAAAUGAAAUAGAUGGCUCCGAUUCCUCAGAAUUUGAAAAAGAAUCGUACAAAAAGCGCUCGAAUGACGGUAAAAAUAUAAGCGAAUCUGAUACAGAACAGAACGCUAAACCCAAUGAUAUUCAAUUAAAUAAAGACGAGGAGGAGGAACUGGGUAAGCUCGCGAGCUCAGAUAAACCAUUUACAGUUCUGAAUAGAAAGCGAAAAUCAAUGGCCGCUCUAGAAGCACAUGGUGGAGAGGUCAAAAAUAGUAAGAAACGGAAGCGUAAAAGUUUGCAACCUAUAUCAAAGGAAGAAUUCAACCCAUCUCAGUCAUUGAUUGACAAUAUUGAAGAUCGCAAGCGCGAAUUGCUUACAAAAAUGGCCGCAUCCCAAACUCGCUUGUCUAAAUCAUUUAGUGGAUCUAUACCGGAAAAGUCCUGUGCCUUCACGGAAAGCAGCGCUUCGGACGAGUCUAGUAACGAACCGAAAAAUAAAACUGAUGCGUAUAAUAGUGCCACUCCUCGUCAGCUAAUUAAAGGAGAAAAGAAGGAUUUAGGACACAUUUUUGAUCGUUGUGACGAAAUAUUAGAAGCGGCCAAUCGUGCUAAAUUAGAAACGAAGCAAAACUAUAAAAAGAGCAAGAUAAUCUCUCCAAAGUUUAAGAAGAGUUCAAAUCAUCUGGAUAUAUUGGAAAAUAACGGGUGUCUUGCUGAAGAUGUGAAACAUUCAAAAGAAAAAACUACAUUGGCCUUAAAGCAGGCAUUUAAGGCAUCAGCUAAGAUUUUAAUGAAUGAAGCUUAUAAAAAUAAAAAGGAAAAACUCCAGACAAAUGAUGCCGAAAGUACUGAGAAGCGUCUUCCCAUGGAAGUGUUGGAAUCGCUUUCGAAUACUGAGUCGUCAUCUGAAAUAAAAAUGAGUUAUAAAGAAACACGUUCCGAAUUUGUUCAUCGCAUGAAUUGCGCUACAGGCGAAAUCGUAGAAGAAGCACUUAGCCCUCCGAAGAAACGAACCAUAUUUAACAAAUUUGAACUUCCCACUGGUACAGUAUUGGAGGAACCAGUUACGCCGAAGAAAAAUACAAAUAAUAACGGAUUCCGUGAGAGUCCCAUUACGCCACGCACUCUCGGUUUUAAAGUACGUCGUAUAUUAACUGCUGGUCAGGAUAAAGCACCAGAAAUACAAAAUUCCUAUCUUCGUAAACGUAAACAAAAGAUCGAUGAUCCUCAACACGUAUUACCUAAACCUCAGUGGUCGCAAUCAGGUGUAUUUCUGGAAGAACUUUUGCCAUCUCUUAAUAACAAAGAAAAAAAUAAAUUGAGGGGAGCAAGCUCAAUGCAAACCUGUGGAGCAGGUGCCACUACUGCAACACAGAAUGCUCUGAAUUUCAAAAAUUCGACUAUAUUUCGGAAAAAUAUUCCUAGGGAGUCGGCGCAUGAAGCUCUUAAACGUAAAGAACGCCAAUUUGCUCGCAAGCAGUUUUAAAUUGGAAUAGAAAAUAAUUUUCGUACCUACUUGUUUUCGCAUGUCUAUAAUUCCAAGUAUACAUUUAUAUGCUGGUGUUUUAUAUUGUUAAUUUUUGUGCUUAUGUCACCAUAAAUAAAUACUUUUCCAUGUUUAUAACAAAAAAAUGUAAUAAAAUAUAAAAAUUAAAUUUCUUCAAAAACUUCCUGGGAGUGUGUAAAACUCUGUGUUUGUGCGGAGUC